GACGACGUGUGGGCGAUCGUGAACAACCCGGACGUGCGGGCGGCGGCCCCCUGGGCGGGCGUCUUCGCCAACGACUUCUGGGGCAAGGGCAUGGCCGAGAACACCAGCCACAAGUCCUACCGCCCCCUCUGCGUCCUCACCUUCAAGCCAGUGAUGCCUGGCCCUUCGCUGGCAUUCAGUGGAAUGGAUUCAAGGAGCAUUCCCUCCCCAAUGUGUACUCUGCCUAAUGAUCAGGUGCUGGUGUACUGUCCUUGGACUGAGAGGAGUGCAAAGACUACAUUACCUACUCCCUUGGAGAUACAUGGUUCCCACCACCAGCACUGUAUCAUCAUGACAGAUGGGGGUUGGGGACAAAUACCUCCCCAUGAAGGCACUCAAAGCAGGCUUGGGGAUUUCAAGAAGACUGCCACUCUACAACAGAAUGGUCCCUUGGGCCAGGGCAGGACUGCCCCUCACUCUGCUCUGCUAAAUAUAUUGUUGGCUGGUAUGAACCCAUUCUGUUUCCAUGCAGUGAAUGUAAUUUUACAUUGUCUGGUGACUCUUGUUCUGAUGUAUACGUGUGACAAAGCUGUAUUCAAGGAUGGUCGACUGGCUUUUGUCACGGCUCUCUUCUUUGCUGUGCAUCCUAUUCACAGUGAGGCUGUAACAGGUAUUGUAGGCAGAGCAGAUGUCUUAGCCUGUCUACUGUUUCUUUUGGCUUUUCUCUCCUAUAAUAGGAGUGUGGAUCAUUUUUAUGUUGGGGAACAUUUCCCUCCCACUGCCUCUCCAUUCUUCUUGCUGCUUAGUUUAUUUCUUGGGACCUGUGCAAUGCUGGUGAAGGAAACUGGAGUCACUGUGUUUGGUGUGUGCUUGGUUUAUGACUUGCUUUUCCUGUCCUACAAUAGACUUAGACUGAGAAAUGGAGGGGUGCAUCUGAGGUUCGCACGGCAGCCUGUGGCUUCUCCAUCUGCUUCGCUGCAGAUUCCUCCAUCCAGCAGGGAGAAUGGGAAGCACCGGUUUGCUCACAAAGGGACCUGGAACUCAUGCCACCCUGCAUCACCUGAAGAGCAACGGAGCAGCAGCCUUUCUGUCUCAAACAAAGCCAUGUGGGCUAUUCUUAGCUACCUGACUGCAAGUAACAACCAGAAUUUCUUGUAUACUGCAAGGCCAUUUUUGAAGAGGGCUGCUUUAGUAAUAAGUUAUGUGAUUCUUGUUUUAUAUUUCCGUUUCUGGAUAAUGGGAGGUUCCAUGCCAAUGUUUUCAGAACAGGACAAUCCAGCUUCAUUCUCACCUUACUUACUUACAAGAUUUCUAACUUAUUCGUACCUCCUGGCCUUCAAUUCCUGGCUUCUGCUAGCACCAAUUACUCUCUGCUAUGACUGGCAGGUUGGGAGUAUUCCUUUAAUUGAGUCGAUAUGGGAUGUGAGGAAUUUAGCUACAGUUCUCCUGGUGGUGGUUAUGAUAUUACUCAGCUUACAUUGCAUAACAGCAUUCAAGAAACUGGAACAUAGAGAAGUUUUAGUUGGCUUGUUGUUCCUGGUUUUCCCAUUUAUCCCAGCCAGCAACCUCUUCUUCAGGGUGGGGUUUGUGGUGGCAGAGCGAGUCCUUUACAUGCCAAGUAUGGGGUACUGUAUCCUUUUUGUCCAUGGUUUGAAAAAGCUCUGUGCCUGGUUAAAUAGAUGGGGAGCUACUGCCCUGACCCUCUGUGCUUUGCUGCUGCUGCUGCUGUUCUCUUGGAAAACUGUGAAACAGAAUGAAAUCUGGUUGUCAAGAGAAUCCCUCUUCAGCUCAGGUGUGCAGACUCUGCCCCAUAAUGCCAAGGUGCACUACAACUAUGCCAAUUUUCUGAAAGACCAGGGUCGUAACAGUGAAGCCAUCUAUCACUACAAAACUGCCCUCAAAUUGUAUCCUCGUCAUGCGAGUGCCCUGAACAACCUCGGCACGUUGACCAAAGACUCGGUGGAAGCAAAGGAAUACUACAGAAGAGCUCUUCAGUUAAACCCACAGCAUAAUCGAGCUCUCUUCAAUCUUGGAAAUCUGCUCAAGUCCCAAGGGAAGAAAGAGGAAGCUGUGUUCUUAUUGAGAGAUUCCAUUAAAUACGGUCCAGAGUUUGCAGAUGCCUACUCAAGCCUUGCUUCCCUGUUGGCUGAACAGGAACAAUUUAAAGAAGCCCAGGAAGUUUAUCAGGCUGGGAUAGAGAAUUGUCCAGAGAGCUCUGAUCUACAUAAUAACUAUGGUGUUUUCUUAGUUGAUACCGGGGCUCCUGAGAGAGCAGUGUCCCACUACCAGCAGGCCAUCUGGCUCAGCCCAAACCAUUACGUGGCCAUGGUGAACCUGGGCAGACUCUACCGCUCUCUGGGGCAGAACAAACAGGCUGAAGCUUGGUACAAACGAGCGUUGAAAGUAUCGCGGAAGGCGGAAAUUCUGUCCCCACUGGGAGCUCUCUACUACAACACGGGGCGGUAUAAAGAAGCUAUACAGGUUUACAGGGAAGCCACAGCACUGCAGCCUUCAAACAAGGAGAUUCGACUGGCCCUGGCACAGGUUUUAGCAAUGAUGGGACAAACAAAGGAAGCUGAAAAAAUGACUAACCAUAUUGUGACAGAAGAGGCCAAGUGCCUAGAAUGCUACCGCCUUUUAUCAGCAAUCUACAGCAAGCAGGAGCGUUACAGCAAGGCCCUUGAAGCUAUAGAUAAAGCUCUGCAGCUAAAACCAAAGGAUCCAAAAGUCAUAUCGGAGCUCUUUUUUACUAAAGGAAAUCAGCUAAGAGAACAAAACCUUCUUGACAAGGCUUUUGAGAGCUAUAAAGUGGCUGUGGAGCUGAAUCCAGAUCAAGCUCAGGCAUGGAUGAACAUGGGAGGGAUUGAGCAUAUCAAGGGAGACUACAUCAAUGCACGUAGCUAUUAUGAGAAAGCUUUACAGCUGGUUCCAAACAGCAAGCUGCUGAAGGAGAAUCUGGCUAAACUGGAUCGCUUAGAGAAACGAAUGCAGGAAGUCCAGGAGAAAGAUCAGACGUAGCUGCUGGAAGGAGCGUCGUGGCCCUUGCAGAAGAAAGAGAAGUGGAAGCCCAUUGGCAGAAGUGACACAGGAGGAGCUGUGAUGUGACUCAGAGUUAAGGAGGGCAAAUUUGGGGCGCACAUUUGUGCAUCACCAAAGUUUCUGGAGACCCUUCAUUUCUAUAGAGCAUGCUGAAGAAUGAGUGAAAACCCUGUUUUAAUCAAGAUUUAUGUUUGGGUUAGAUGCAUAUCACUGCCAUGAGUGCUGUAAGUGGGAGAUGCACCUUUGAUGUCCUGGUCUCUCACUUCCCAAGCUGGGUGGGCAGUAGAGGCAAAGUUCUCAUCCACUGGCAAGGGAUGGAGCAGUGCCUCUUGUUAGUCAACAUUCACCCACUUAAGGAGUACUAUUAAUGGUCUCUAAAACAUUCCCCAUAAAGUCCUCCUCAGCCAGGACGAUGCUGACAGUUAUCAGCAGAGAGCAUCAAAAGUCGUUACAGGGUUAAAGCUGGGAGAAAUGGUGGCCAUUUUUAGGUCUCCAACAGUGACUGGAAAAUGACCCCAAGGAAAUGGAGAAUUAUGUCUGGAUAUGGCUGUCUCUGAAAGUGAUGAUUCUCUGACUAGGGCUGUUUUUGAGGAAAAACCUCAGCUGAAUGUUUUACUCGGAAGAUAAUCAUUUUUGUAACUAUUCAAAUUCAUGAUAUCACAGAAUUGUCAGAAAUCACAUGACUUUUUUCACCCAAUCAGAAUUAUAAUUUCUAUGAAGAAAUUGGAACUGUCUGAUGGAAAUGUGGAAUUCUUUAAUGGGUCCACCUCCCUCCCUCCCUCCCUCUCCCCCACCACAAAAAAACUAUAUUUUUAAAUAUUAAGUGGA